UACACAAAAGCGACCCAAGCGGAGCUCAACGGUGAUUUCGACGCUGCCUUUCGUCUGUAUCUCGAUUCCGCAAAAGCAUUCCUCCAUCUCAGUCGUACUAAUGGAGGUGGAGGCGUGGACGAGAAGACGAAGAAUGCGUGGAAGAUAGAGGCGGCGAAGGCGCUGGAGAGGGCGGAGAAGAUUAAGAAGGUGAAGAAGGAUGCGGUUAAGCCGGUGGUAAGGGAUGCGUUUGCGGAACAGGAGCAAUUUUUGGUGCUGAAGAAAGGGUCGGUCGUUAAUGGACUAUCAGUCCCGUUCUGGUCGGAUGGCGUUCCAGAGAACGAGCCACGAUUGUUGGAUCCUGAAGGCCAACUUCAACUAUCAACAGAACAAAAAGCCGCCUCCGUCGAAUGGCGACGACCAUCUCAACUCCCAAAUACCGAGAUCGACGUCCAGUCAGGCUCUCAAUCGAGCCUUCGACUCCCGGAUUCCAAGACCAUCCGCCAACGAACGGUAGCAGACUGUUCGCUCUGUGCGUCCAUCGUGGUCUGUUUGCAGCAUCAUGAACGACAUGGAUCUACUGUAGGUCGUAAUAUCUUCCGGGCUAAGUCGGUGAUUUCGAAACAGGGCAAGUAUGAGCUACGGACGCUGUUCAAUGGCGCGUACCGACGAGUAACUAUCGACGAUAAUCUGCCCUUUCAUCCUAAUGGUCAACUGCUGUGCAUGUCCUUGAUAUCCACGAGGCAUACUGGACCCUUGGACAUGUGGCCCUCGUUGGUCGAGAAAGCGUAUUUGAAGCUCAUGGGUGGCUACGACUUUCACGGAUCGAAUUCGAGUACGGAUAUACAUUGUUUGAAUGGAUGGAUACCGGAACAUAUCGAGAUGAAGAGCUCGCGUUUUCAGCGGGAACAAACGUGGACACGUCUCCUUCAAGGCUUUUCCAACGGAACAUGUGUCCUCACAGUAGGAACGGGCGACAAGCCCAGACAAGACUGGUAUGGAUCCGAAUAUUCUCUCCUGGCUGCCCAUAGCUACGCCGUUGUUGAACUGGAAGAUGGAACUCCGUGGGUUACUGUGUUAGAUAGUUGGGUGUCCCAGGAUGCUGCUCUGCACGAGUUGGAGGCAGGACAAGGAGAGGAAGAGCUCGUGUUCGCAUGGGACGAUCUAUGUAAUGUUUUCGACAGCCUGUAUGUCAACUGGGACCCCAAGAUUUUCUACCACCAGACAAAUCACCACGCAUUAUGGAGGUCAUCCCAUCUCAGCGACGUGGACAAAGAUGAUUCAUCCCAUCAAACCGUCCGCAUCCAUAUCGACGGGCCUCCGAAAUCUCAGGACGGGCCAGCAGAAGUUUGGUUCCUCCUGACAAGACAUCGAACGGACACGAGACGGACAUCGGAGUAUAUCUCGUUGCAUAUUGAAGUUGAUGAUGUGCAGUCCUCGAGCUCACUGCAGCACCUGCCAGUGCAGGGGAAUUAUACUAAUAGCCCACACGUCCUAGUCCGAAAAUGCAUCGGCUCUUCCUCAUUCAUGUCCUCCAGACCCAUCACAUUCUCCAUAACAACAUCUUACGAAGGUCCCUCUCCUUCUUCCAAUGUUGGUUUCACGAUCACCGUGUAUUCCACGACGCCUGCGUCGUGGGACCAUACUUUGCUCAAGCUUCCUUACGAAGUCAAGGCUUCGGGGAUAUUGACGUCAAAGACUUCGGGAGGGAAUUAUAACCUGCCGACGUAUAUGAUCAAUCCCCAGUGGCGUCUACAGAUCACGCCGCCUACCACAUCAAUAUCUAACACUUCGAGGAGUAGUUUGAGUGGUCCGAGUAAGGCGAGGGUAUCGAUUGUUGCGAGGACGGAGAAGGAUGUGCCGAUUAAUGUGAUGGUGGUGUGGGGUCAGGGGAAUAGAGUGUUUGACGUAGUGCAGAACGAAGUAGCGGCGAACUCUGGAGCAUAUAACUAUGGAUACGCACAUGUCGAGAAAGAGCUUCUCGUGGGAGACUACACCCUCAUCCUUUCAGCGUUCGAACCGACACACCAAGGUCCCUUCUCCCUCCGACUCGAAAGCUCACAUCGCGUCAAGAUAGAGCCUAUUCCUCAGGAAGGAGCAGGGAUGUUCUCGAAAGUGAUACGCGGAGAGUGGGCGAGCACAACGGCCGCAGGGUCACAUAACUUCGGGCGUUAUGGAUCGAAUCCCAUGUAUGAGCUCACGUUAUCUGCGCCUUCCCAGAUCCGCGCUCGCCUUCAACUCUUCACCUCCACCUCCACCUCCACCUCCAGCACCUCUACGACAUCACCCACGACCAGCCUCAACAUCUCUAUCUUCCCCUCCCCCUUCCCCAACGUCACGAGCGCACCUCUCCUCACCUCCGGUCCCUAUUCCGACGCCCUCUCCGGCGUCUCCACGCCCCUCGUCUCCCUCAAAACAGGGACAUACGUUCUUGUUCCGUCGACGUAUGAUCCGGGUGUAGAGGGUGGGUUUAGGAUGGUGGUUUAUAGCAGUGCCGUAGGUGUUGGUGUGAGCGGGCCGCUGUGA